GAAGAAGAGGAAGAAGAAGAAAAAAAGCGAAGAAGCUGUCUUUAACGCCGGAUAGCGCCAGCUAAAUUAAUAUAGCUCUUAUUUAGUGUUAACUGUCAUUCUGUUGCUUUUAACGUCAGCUUUUUUUUUAGUUAUUGAAGUAACUUAGCGCUUAGUGUAUGUGUUAGUUGCCCAGCUGCAUCGGCCAAGGUGCUGAGGUCAGAACAGGUGAUACUGCACAACAUGCCCUCCCCACAAGUCCUCCAGCCUGUUCUUAAAAUGAAGGUGGAUGAGCUCUUCCUCACCUGGCUGAGUGAGUCAACCACCCAGUCAGCACUCAAUGAUUACCUCGACCUCAUCAAAAGUGGAAAAAGCAUUGAUUUGGACAGUGUAAACACCAAGGACAAAAAGGCAAUAACCUUUAAUGAGAAUAACAACGUGGCAUCCCACAGAAACCUGGAAGAGAGGAAGACGGCACUCCUCAAUAACCCCUCCAGCCCCCCCUCCUCUCACACACUGCCCUCUGGGAGAAGCAGCAGUGGCAGGGUGACGGGACCCGGUGGCCGAGCUCUAUGCAGGUCUGUCAGCACUAAGAAGGCCCAGGUGAAGCCAGAGGAGCCAGUUGCCACUGCACCGAGUGAAAGCAUUCCAAAGUUUUACUUCCCACGAGGCAGGCCCAAAGCCAACCUCAACACUGACAACCUCAUUUCCAAGAUUGAAAAAAUAUUUUCCCAAUUCCCCAAUGAAAGGGCCACCAUUGAGGACAUGGGGCAGGUUGCCAAGGCCUGUGAGUGUCCUCUCUACUGGAAAGUUCCAUUGUUCUGCUCGGCUGGAGGCGACAGAACGGGCUUUGUGUCCGUUCACAAGUUUGUGGCCAUGUGGAGAAAGACACUGCAGACCUGUCACGACGAUGCAGCUAAAUUUGUGCACCUUUUGGCCAAGCCUGGCUGUAAUUACCUGGAACAAGAUGACUUUAUUCCAUUCCUGCAGGAUGUGGUGAACUCUCACGCAGGCCUGGCCUUUCUGAGGGAGGCUUCAGACUUUCACUCGCGCUACAUUACCACGGUUGUCCAGAGGAUCUUCUACACGGUGAACAGGUCGUGGACUGGCAGGAUAACGUGCUCUGAGCUCAGGAAAAGCAACUUUCUGCAGAAUGUAGCCCUGCUGGAGCAGGAAGAAUACAUCAACCAGCUGACAGAGUUUUUCUCCUACGAACAUUUCUAUGUCAUCUACUGUAAGUUCUGGGAGCUAGACACGGACCACAACCUCUACAUUGACCAGAGAGACUUGGCACGGCACAAUGACCAGGCCAUUUCCCACAAGAUGAUUGAAAGAAUAUUCUCAGGAACAGUAACAAGAGAUAGACAGGUGUUCAAGGAGGGACGGCUCAGUUAUGCUGAUUUUGUGUGGUUCCUCAUAUCGGAGGAGGACAAGAAGACCGAUACCAGUAUAGAGUACUGGUUCCGCUGUAUGGACCUGGACGGGGACGGGGUGCUGAGCAUGUACGAGCUUGAGUAUUUUUAUGAGGAGCAGUGUCAGAAGCUGGAGACCAUGGCUAUCGAGCCGCUGCCCUUCGAGGACUGUCUCUGCCAAAUGCUUGACCUUGUCAAGCCAGAGGUCGAAGGUAAGAUCACUCUGCGGGACCUGAAGAGAUGCAAGUUAUCCCACAUCUUUUUUGACACCUUCUUCAACAUCGAGAAGUACCUGGACCACGAGCAGAAGGACCCCUAUUCUGUUUUAAGGGAGUUGGAGAUGGAAGGCCAAGGGAUGUCUGACUGGGAGAAGUAUGCUGCAGAGGAGUAUGACAUCCUAGUGGCUGAAGAGACCAAUGAUCACUGCGAUGAAGUGUAUAACCCUUUGAGCCCAAUAGGACAACACUUCUCCAGUGACCUGACAACUAAAAGACACUUCUUUGAGAUCCCCAGUCCACACUGCAACCUGGACCUAGACCAGUAUGAAUAUGAGGAUGACUUUGAAUGACCCACAACCUGGGUAAUCUGUCGUCACAAACCUGCCAAGAACCAAACGGCACUCCCAAGGAUGCAGACGGACAGGCGACAGCGUUCAUGGUUGAGCGGUGCUGGUUCAGGGUACCGACUCAUCUGAUAGGACUCACUUCACUUUAGCAGUAAGUGCAUCUUAAGCCACAUCACGCAUUCUCAGAGCACUUUGGUGGACGGGGGCUUAAAUGGUCUUCACACUACAUGUUGGCACACAAGUCGCCACGUAUGACAAGUAAACCAGAGCAAGAGGAUGCUGAAAGUGCCGAAAAGGAAAUAGAACGUCAGCAACCUGUGGUGGGGAAAGAAUAUCCAGACGCUGUUGGUUUUCACCUUGCUCAUAAAAACAGACACAUCACCUCACAAGAAAGUUUAGUUUUUUCUGCAUCACUGCUCAGAAAAAGGUAGAUUUUGCAACGUAGAUGUCUGAGGUUGUUUUCCGCUGAACACUGGUUUGAAGUGACUUGUUCCCACCGGACUGACCCACAUUCGUGUCUCACACAGGCAUGGAGCUCGAUAACGCACAUCAGAAUAAUUGCUGCAGCUUUUGAACUACUUUAACAUUUGGGGAUUUUGGUUAAUCUGACAUUCCAGAGGUAAUAACCAAAGGUACUCUAAGAAUAACAUCAAGCUUUGCUGAAAUGAGAAAACUGGAGAUUACUGUAAAUGCCAAACAAGCCACACUCAGGACUACUGGCUCCACAGACAGGACAGUCGCACAAAUUGUGUAUGUUGUACAAUAAUUUGUUCAUUAAUACAGAAGAAUCAACUGUUUUGAUGCGAGAUGUAGUUAUGUAAAUUAUUAGAUAUACAAUAUUUAUAAAUGGGUGUAAAUAUGUAUUUUGCGAUUGCCGUGUUGUAAAUGAUUUGGCUUAAUGUGGGGGGGUUUUUUUAUCGGAUGAAAUCAUUUAGAUGUACUUUGGAUAUAGUAAAACUGGUUUUUAAAUGUUUCUUCAAUAAACAAACUUGUU